AUGGACGACACGAAUAUCACCAGCGGAAAUGAGACGGACGUAAAUGACACCCUACUGCAAGACCGCAGGCUGUGCACCGAAGAUCACAAGCUGCAGCUCCACGCGGUAGACGCCGUUUUCCUCGGCAUCUGCGUCUUCGGCCUGGUGGGAAACAUUGUUGUGUUUUGGAACCUUUGCUUCAGGAUCCCGAGGAACAAGUAUACCGUUUACAUCGCCAACCUGUCCGCAGCCGACACCCUCUUGAUAGCAGUUGUGGCGUUGACGCUGGUGGCCCAGAUCAGCAAUAUGUUUGGCUUGUCUCCCGCACAGGAAGUGGCGUGUCCUUUCUAUCAAUUCGUGGAUACAUUUUAUUACUCCCUGGUCUAUUCCGGAAAAAACAUCCUGACGGCCAUCAGCGUGGAGAGGUGCAUUUCCGCCCUGUUUCCUCUUUGGUAUCACACUCAUCGCCCCAAGAAGUUUUCUGCUGCGGCGUGCGCAGUCCUCUGGUGCCUUGGCAUCACGGAGGGCCUCCUUGACGUCUUUGUGUGCGCUCCGGAAGCCUACAUUUAUCAGCAGCCGCAAUGUGUGGCGGUCGAAGUGUCGAUUUUUGUGUCCGCCAUUGGGAUCUGUCUACCGCUCAUGGUUAUUUCCAGCGUCACCUUGCUCCUCAAAGUGAGAAGGGCCAACCACCAGGAGUACCCUCCGCGACUCUACAUCAUUAUCAUCAUAACGGUCAUUGUCUUCAUCCUAUCCGUCCUGCCGUUAAACAUUUUUCGUUUUUUAACGUUCUUUAAGGCCGUGAAGACGGAACCUCCGAUCAAACUCAUUUUUCUUAGUCAGUACUGGUUGGUAUUUAACAGCACCGUCAACCCUUACAUCUACUUUCUAGUCGGGAGGAACUGGAAUCAGACCAUAUGUUGUUCCAUUAGAGACUCCCUUCAUCGAGCCUUCGUGGUGGACUCAGAAGAGGGUGAUUGCUGA